UUGAAGAAUAAAGAUGAAUCAGAAUAUUGUAAGAUCUGGGAUAAAUUUUAUCGAGGGUUGGAAUAUAAAAGGGAAAGCCCAAAAUAGGCAUGAGCCAAGAUUCAUAGAACGCAGACUAGAAUUAUGUAUGAAAUGAUAAAUGCGAGAAUGUACAAGAUAAACACAAACCGAAACGGCUGGAAAUAGGUGACUCUCUUCCUUUUUGUAAAUACGGUAUGGAUCGAAUGUUAAAAAAACAGGGUGGCUACAGUGUAUAACUUAGAAUAUCUUAGCAUGUAUGGCAUAGAUUCUGCCAGUAUGGUUUACACUGUGCCCAAUGUUUUAAUUAAUGUUUGAUUAAAAAAAACUUUUUAAUUAAAAAAAUGUCUAGCAGUCGCUGGUGUUCUUUGUACUAAAGGCUUUUCUACUAUCUGUAAUUAAAUUAUCUUAUUAAAAGCUGCGUCCUCCUUCCCUUGCGUGUCUUCUAGGUCCAGUAUCAAUGUUGGUAAAAUCCAGGAGAUUCUGCAGCUGCAGCAGCUGUUUACUGAAAAAUUCCCAAGGCAAACUGGGGGGUAGCAGGGGGAAUUGGCAUCCUUUGUAGAUGCCUUUUCCUUUUCUAUUUAAGACAGUGUUUCUCAACCUUGGAGACUUGAAGUCCUGUGGACUUCAAGUCUUCAAGGUUGAGAAACACUGAUUUAAGAGGUUCUGUCGUAGAUGCUUUCCAAACCAUACGUCUGUUUCCUUUGUUGCUAAGAAGUGCAGAAAAAUACCACCUUCACUCUCGCCUCCUCUGACUUGCUUCCUUGAGAUGCCUGGCUUGGCCUGUGAUGGGGAUGAGACCAUCUCUGGAGAGGAGACUACUGAACCUUGGCAGAUGAAGCAGGGGACACCCAAGAAGAAAGAAGCUACAGCAGAGGAUGGCAAUGCUGACAAACUGCAGACAAGAGGAAGGGCUGAAAAGCUGAUUGGCCCUGAGCAGCCCAGGGUCUAAUUACGAUAUUGGCGUGAUCAGCGUGGAUUCCUUGCUCCGUCUGGCAGACUGUUAAAAUUGCUUCCUGAAGAGAAAGAGGAGGUGGGCCAAGGAAGCCAUGGCUGCUGCCUAAAAAGCCACUCCUACAGACAGAAGAAGUAUCCAGGCCUAAUUGCUAUGGCUGGUGGAAAGCAGGAGCUUAAGAGAAGCAUAAGCAUUAUACCUUGUUUUGUGUUUGUGGAGCUGGGGAUCAUGGCUGGCACAGUGGUCCUGGCUUACCACUUUGAGUAUUCCGACACUUUCCCAGUGCACUUUCAAGGAUUCUUCUGCUAUGACAAUACUUUGGCCAAACCCUAUCCUGGGCCAGAGGACAGUAGCCGAGCACCUCCAGUCCUGGUCUACUCUCUCGUUACUGCUGUUCCCACCGUCACGAUACUUGUUGGGGAACUGGCUGCCUUCUUCUUCCAACCCACGAGGCAUAAGGAGAAAACCAUCAUCUCGGGCGAGUGCUGUUAUUUCAAUCCCCUUUUGCGCCGCAUGAUCCGCUUCCUGGGGGUGUUAUUCCUUCGGCUCUUCACUACCACCAUCUUUGCCAAUGCAGGCCAAGUGGUGACCGGCAACCAGACGCCACAUUUCCUGUCCGUGUGCCAACCAAACUACACUGUGCUGGGCUGCCAACCACCCCCGGGCACCAUUUACGUCACAGACAAAGCAGCCUGCACUGGCAAUCCUCUCCUGGUCACUGCAGCCUGCAAGGCCUUCCCCUCCAAGGAUGCUGCCCUCAGCGCCUAUGCGGUGGCGUACACUGUGAUGUAUAUCACGCUGGUUUUUCAUCUGAAGGGCUCCCGCUUGGCCAAGCCAUCCCUGUGCCUGGCACUCCUCGGCCCAGCAUUCUUGGUGGGUGUGGUGCGUGUGGCCGAGUACCGGAACCAUUGGUCUGAUGUGCUGGCCGGGUUCCUCACUGGCGGGGCCAUUGCCAUCUUUCUGGUGACAUGUGUGGUCAACAAUUUCCAAAGCCCUGUAUCCUCCGCCAAGAAAGUUUCUUCACCUGAAAAAGCACCCAGUGUUCCAGUCUUAGGAUUGCCCUGUGUUGACAGUUCGCUUAACAAAUUAAGUGUGGCUCAGCAAGUGAGGGACACCCCAGAAGAGUUUUCUACACUACUCUCGAGAGGUCUGGAAAGGCAGCUAGCACGAUCUCUACACUUGGCAGCACCUGGUAGUGCAACAAUGACCCGUCCCUAUGAGUUGCAGUCCUGUGCACAUUUUCAGGGGCAUAAGUCCCACUGAACAAAAUGGAACUUGCUUCUGAAUAAACACGCAUAGGAUUGCGAUGUAAGUUUUUGCUUUCUGUGUUGCUGUGCUGUUCUGCUCACUGGUUUGUGUACACCAGGAUGGACUUUUCCAUUGUUGAAGUCUUUUUAAGUGAGAUGUAUGGUUAAAUGGUAUAAAAAGAGACAAGGAAAUCCUCUCCUGAAUCCGAUAAUUCAGACUCAUCAGCAAAAAGCCUUGCUGUGUAAUGAAAAGUUAAAUACCUUUGACUUACUAGAGAUGGCUUACUAGAGAUCUGCUCUUUUAAAACACACACAUGGAACCAUAAACAUAAAAAGAGGCUAUUUUAAAGUCGGUUGAUAUUUUGAUUUUGCCUAAGAAGUUAAAAUGGGAAAAGUUGACGCUUCCCCCUGUGUGCUGGGACUCAGUUGAAGGCUUUGCUGAAGAAUUCUAAAGCCUGGGUUCCGAUACUCUGUGAAUUUAAUUUUGAUCUGCAGAGCUUGUUCCUGUAUUUCAAGUCCAUUCUGACUUACUCACUCCCUUCUCCCCUCCCUUCCUCUAUUCCAGAAUCACGGGAGCUGUGUUCACAGAGGCCACCUGAUUCUCAACUUUGGUCUCUUCCCCUCCACCCCAGAUGUCCUCAUUCCCUCCCGGUCGGUCACAAGUGAAGUCUGACCUAAGAGAGCAUUCCUGAUACUGGAGCUAGAUCUUGGGGGGGGGGGGGGAGCGAGCUCUAACCUCAUACUCUCAAUUUCCCAUCCUAUUCCUUGGAUUUUCCCAGAAUCAGGUUUGUUAGUUGUCAUAACAUAGUUCUGGUUCUAUGAUGUGAGUGUGCAGCAUAGAUUGAAGGGUGGGGGGGAAUAAGGGUAAAAAUGAAACCACAUCGCUUUUUCAGUUGAUCUGAUGCCAUUCACCAAUUCUGUUACUAACUGAACAUCAUCUCUAAGAAUGAUGAGCUCUUGGGAUUUUGAGCACAGCUUGCUUUGUUAAGGUCUUUGGGAAUUUGGAAUCUUUGGAAUCUGAUAAGGCAUUUUUUACUGCUGAUUCUUUAAGAAAAAGUUAGGUGCCAUUUCCAAAAAAGUAAAAAAUAAAAUAGCUCCAUCUUGGGAAAUAACCCUGUGAGCAUGAAAAAGGCACAUUUGACCAAGAGAGGUUGUUUUGAUGGGAGUUUUAAUAAGAGAAGUUUAAAAUUAAAUUUGCAAAUUAAGGACUUGAAUAA